GAUUUGCGUCACAACAAACUCACUUCCCUCAGCCGAGAAGCUCUGGAGCCCCUGGAGUCGCUGACUGUGCUGUACCUGAACGGGAACCUGCUGCGCACGCUGCCGCCGCAGGCGUUCCCUCCGCUGCCGCGCCUGCGCACGCUGUCCCUGGCGCGCAACCGCCUGCGCAGCGUCGCCCCGGCCGCCUUCGACGCGCUGCCCGCGCUGCGCCACCUGAAGCUGAACGCCAACCGGUUGGUCUCCAUCGAAGCAGGAUCGUUCGUGGGGCUGAGCCAGCUGGUCUCGCUGGAUCUUCAACACAACAAACUUACACAAUUGGAUCAACAUCUGUUGCAGCAUCUUACUCGUUUGCAUUAUGUACUCCGAAUCAUGAUAAUCACUGACGGAUUGCUGGUUGCCCAAAGACCAAUUGGUGGUGGUUGCCUGUUGCAGGUACCUGGACGACUUCGGCCUGUGCGCGGCAGCGCGACACGUGCGGGUGUGCGAGCCACACGGCGACGGCAUCUCCUCCCGCGACCACCUCCUGGGAAGCCCCCUCCUGCGGGCCAGGGGUGGGAGUACUCGGCGGCGCUGUUCGUGGGCGGGUACGCGCUGGCGCUGACGUUCGUGUGCCUCGCGUACUGGCGCAUGCUGCGCGUCAUCCGCUCGUCGGGGCUGGCGCUGCGCAGCACGCGAGAGCGGCGCGAGCGCGCGGUGGCGCAGCGCGUGGCGCUCAUCGUGCUCACCGACUGCGCGUGCUGGGCGCCCGUCAUGGCCACGCAGCUGCUGGCGCUCGCAGGCGUGCGCGUGCCCCAGAGCCUGUACGCGUGGCUGGCCGUGUGCGUGAUGCCGGUCAACUCCGCGCUCAACCCUGUGCUCUACACGCUCACAACGCACAUGUUCAAGCAACAGGUGAGACACAUGGGCUCCGCUAUUGUUUAG